AUUUACUCUUCUGUGUGUCUGUGUGAGUGUCGUGUCUUUCUCUUUUUAAGUUUUUGUGAAAGAGGAAAACACCCACGAUCUUUAACAAAAUCAUCAUCGUCACCACCAUUACAAAACAGCCAAAGGACAACAAACGAUGAUGUUCUUAACUCAGAGAACAAAAACCCAGUAAAGCGAGUGAGUCAACUUGUUGGUUCUUGAUGAUGACGAUGGAUCUCGGGGGAACAGGCCCAGGCCAGGCCCGACUAGUGGGAGACUAUAUACUGGGUCCGAGAAUCGGGUCGGGUUCAUUCGCGGUGGUUUGGAGGUCAAGGCACAGGCAACAUGGGUUGGAAGUAGCUGUUAAAGAGAUUGAUAAGAAACUCCUGAGCUCUAAAGUCAGUGAAAAUCUGUUUAAAGAAAUUUCCAUUCUCAGCACCAUUAAUCACCCCAAUAUCAUCCAAUUUUUCGAAGCCAUUGAGACUGGAGAUAAGAUUUUUCUAGUGUUGGAGUAUUGUGAUGGAGGGGAUCUUGCGGCUUAUAUUCAUCGACAUGGAAAAGUGUCGGAGGAAGUUGCCAGGCAUUUUAUGAGGCAAUUGGCUGCAGGAUUGCAAGUUCUUCAAGAAAAACAUCUUAUUCACCGGGAUUUAAAGCCACAGAACUUACUACUGUCAACUAAAGGAGCAACUCCACAUCUGAAGAUAGGAGACUUUGGUUUUGCAAGGUCCCUGACACCGCAAGACUUGGCUGAUACACUAUGUGGUUCACCAUUGUACAUGGCUCCGGAGAUUAUUCAGAAUCAGAAGUAUGAUGCAAAGGCUGAUUUGUGGAGUGUUGGGGCAAUCUUAUUUCAGUUGGUCACUGGGAAGCCACCGUUUAAUGGCAAUAAUCAGUUACAGCUGUUCCAGAACAUAUUGAGAUCUACUGAACUGCAGUUUCCAGAAGGCACCUUGGAAGAACUACAUCCAGAUUGUGUUGAUCUUUGCAGAAGCUUGUUACGUCAUAAUCCAGUUGAGCGUCUGACAUUUGGGGAAUUUUUCAAUCACAAGUUCCUGGGCGAGUCAAGCGAGGAGGUGCAUGUUGAGCGGGCCUCAUCAGUUCUGCAAUCGAAAUCAAUGGUUGAGCAGUUUGAUUCUUCUGCCUCUGAGAAGAAAUCUCAAUUAUUGUCUGGGCAUUCCGUGGACGGAUCUAGGCAAAAUCCAAAAGCAGCUAGUUCAGUUUUACAUGAUAGAGUAUUACAUACAAAUGAGCAUGGGUGUUCAUCCAGUAUCAAAGGGAAAUCUGUUGAUAACCAAUGUUCAUCAGAUCAGCCCACAGUAGCUGAUUCAACGGAGUCUAUUGAGAAAGAUUAUGUUCUGGUCAACCCUCAUUUUGAAUCAAUGGAGACUUUUUCUUAUUACCUUGACACAUCCCUGCAAGAUAAUUCAAGUAUUAAGCUUUUCAAGUGCCCAGCAAAGAAGAGUGACCAGGAAUCAGCAGUUGCUGGACAAACAAAGGAGACAACUGGGAGUUCUGCAGGUUCUGUAAAAAUUCCACAAGUUCAGGGAUUGGAUCCACCAGCAACAUCGUCUAAAUCAGCUUUGUUAAUGGAAGUGCAGCAACUUAGCAUACUGCAUCCUUCAACUAGACUGCAGUUGUUGCAUCAGUGUGCACAGGCUAUUACCGAACUAGCUCAAGAAAAGAACUUCUCAAACAGCUGUUGGAUGCAGUAUAAUGCAGGACUGUUUCUAGAAUCAUUUUCUGUUGAACUUGUUGUCUUGGCUAUAUGGAAGAAAGCCCUUCAGAUCUGCAGCUCUUGGAUGAACUCUGCUGCUGAAAAUGAGUUACCUGGAAGCAGUUCAGGCAAUGAACCUACAAAUGUUCAGGGUAGUGCACACUUGUCUCCAAAUUCAGAAUACAAUGUAGAUUUUAGCAGGCCUUCAUCUGUUGGCAUAUGGGUGCAGCAACAGUUUAUUGUUGCAUGUGAUCAUGCGGAGAAGUUAUCAUGUCAUCUGCAAGAUAUGGAUGCUACUGCUGAGAUGCCUGAUGCCAUGGAUAUAAUAUAUGAAAAAGCACUCACUAUUGGGAAAAGCGGUGCUGUAGAUGAGUAUAUGGAGAACAAAGGUAGUGCAGCAGCAUCUUACUCUAAAGCAAUGCUGUUACUUUCAUUUAUUAUUGCAGAGGCGACGAAUUUGCCAUUGAAACCACAAUUUUCAUUGGCUCCUGCCGAUAAGAUGCGAAUUCAGAGGUACAUUAACAAGUUGCAGUCUCAUCAAUGUCAGUUUCUAACAUCAGCACCAUUUCCUAAGCUGUCUGCAGACUCCCACAACAAGUGAUUACUGCUGCUUGUGUACUGAUAUUUUUAAGACUGCAGCAAUUUUUGAAUUGUGUUUUAUUGACAAGACAUAAGGAAAUACAUGUCUAGGCUGACAUUAUAUGGAUAUACUUGGACAUAUAUCUAAUGUACAGAAAAAAUAUAUAACAAAACUACUGGCGGUCUGGAGCAAAAUGAUCUAUUUUGCAUAGGAGUUGAUGUAAAUAGUACUCUUCUUUCUCUUGAUAUACUGUAAAUUUGAAUAGAAAUUGUAACCUGUACAGUCUUUUUUACUAUACAUGGAUAGAAUUCUUUCAAUUGA